UAUUCACUACAAUAAACAUGAUGAACAGAAUUAUAUUGCAGUCGGACUGGGAUGAAGUUUUAAAAGAAUAUGAAGAAAAGGUCUGGGUCUCAUACAAAUCUGGAGCCCAACCAGCCAUUCACGGAAGUCUACAUAACCAAGGCUUGUCUAGUGACGGUGUUCCGUACGUGACAGGAAGUGACGGAUUCACCGUACAGGAGAUCACAAAGAGGUCCAUCACGAUAUCAUACACAGAGGACUCGAGUAAUCUGACCAGGAAAUUUGUGGCUCCAAACACUACAUUCAGAUCAAUUCACAGUGAAAGGAAAACUGUGGUUUGUCUGGAUGUUACAAAUGGAGGUCUGGGUGUGUCCUCCGACAGCGAGGGAAAGUUACGCCUAUGGCAGACAGACACUGGAGAAGUCAGGAGGGACUUUGUCGGUCACUAUGGUGACGUGUACACAUGCCGAUUUUUCCCGUCGGGGAUUGUACUUCUCAGCGGAGGAGCAGACAUGCAGCUAAAAUUCUGGUCAGCAGAAACUGGCAAAUGUGCUGCCACCUUAACAGGACACAGGGCAGCAAUAAAUGACACAGCCAUAGUGGAUCGAGGACGGAAUGUUCUUUCAUGCAGUAAGGACGGGUCAGCCCGCCUCUGGGAUGUGGGCCAACAGCAGUGUUUAGGGUCAUAUGAUGAGAAUGGGGGUGAGGUCAACUGUUGUUGCAUUCAGAACGUCGAGGAUUCGUUGAACCUGGAAGCUCCGUCACAGUUACCUACUGAUAGAGAGAUUGGUACUGAUGCAAAGCUGCUGUUACUGGGGUGUGAGAAUUCUACUGUACAAGGCUACGGACUCCAAAACCGUAAAAAGGUGUUUGAAUUUCCUGCCCAUGGUCCAGUCAACUGUUGUCAAUUUUUGUCUGAUGUGUCGGUGGUCAUCGGGACACAGGAUGGACACGUUGCUGUACUGGAUCUACGCAACAUCAGAGUCCCGCUGAAGGAAUGGAAGGAUACUCGGUCAGCCUUGCUUUGUGCCUGUCCAUACAAUGGGGGCUUCUUCGCCGGAACAGGUGAUGGUUCCUGCUUUUAUGUGGAUUCUCAGUUUCAAACUCAAGUUGAGCUGACGGGCUCGGACUGUGACCCUGUGUACUCAGUCAAGUGUGACGGGACUCACGUGUUCACCGCCUGCAGAGACAGCAUCGUCCGCAGAUAUCGAGUGGACUGGAGCUGAGAUACACCACACUAAGAUCCGUGCCUGAUUUAGUUAUCGGAAGACUCUGUAUCACAACAUCUACUGUACAGUUGGUACUGUUGUCAAAGUGCUAUAAUUAGCUGCAGAACUGUCCCAAUGUUUUCUCAGAGAGCUACAGUUCUACAGCUAAUGAAAAGAGUGAGGAGAAAUUCAUGUGCAGUUAAUGCUGUGUGUGUGUUGGGAGUGAUUCUUUAU